AUGACCGCUUCGGAAAGGCAGCCUCUGAUGAGUCCCUUCCACCGCGGCAUCACCGCCCCCAAAGCUGCGAAAUGGGCAUCUGCAAUUGUCUCUCGCCAUGAUCCCUCGCGGUUCAUCCCGCAGACCAUUGCCCACCGAGGCUUCAAGGCUUCGUUUCCCGAGAACAGCAUGGCGGGGUUCCGGGCGGCCGUUGAGGUUGGCGCCCAUGCGCUGGAGACGGAUGUGCAUCUUUCCAAGGAUGGUGUUGUGGUGCUUUCACAUGACCCUUCGCUCAAACGAUGCUUUGGCGUCGAUCUCCUCAUCAAGGACUGCACCUGGUCCUAUCUCUCCAGCCUUCGCACUCUCAAGGAGCCCCAUGAGCCGCUGCCUCGGCUGGUGGAUUUGCUAGAGUAUCUGGUGUCUGGGCCGGAGACGGAGAAGAUUUGGGUCUUGCUGGACAUCAAGAUCGACGACAAGCCCGAGGAUCUGCUGCGAGCCGUCGCAUGUACCUUUACAGAAGUAUCAUCCGCAACUCCAUGGGACGAACGCAUCGUUCUAGGAUGCUGGAACGCCACAUUCAUGAAGGCCGCCCUCGCCUUCCUCCCCGGCUUCCCCCUCGCCCACAUCUCAACCUCCCUCUACUACUCCCGCCACUUCCUCCCCAUCCCCAACCUCGGCUUCAACAUGUUCCAGCUCCUCCUCGUCGGGCCCCUCGGCGGCUGGUUCCUCUCAAAGGCCAAAUCCGCCUCCCGCCCCGUCUUCGCGUGGACCGUCAACAGCCCAAAGUGGAUGGAGUGGUGCAUCCGCAAAAACAUCCCCAACCCCAAACUCGAUUCCUCCACUCCAAAUCCCGUCUUCAUCGACGGCGUCAUCACCGACGACCCAAGGCUCUUCCUCCAGGUCUGCUCCCGCGUCGAAGACGACCUCGACGGCAAGACGAGCUCCUCCUCCGCUGUCACACGUCGCCCGAAUCUCAGCGUUGUUCUUGGCUCCCUGACCUCCGGACUUCGUACUACAUGCGGCAUCCUCUUCAUCAACGUCUUCGCUACGAGCUUCUUCUGGUAUAGGCGGCUUCAGGGCAGGGUGGACAAGUUUGACGUUGGCUUUUUCAAGAAUUUCCAGACUUGA